AUGGAAUUACCUCAACGUCCCUCAAUCUAUCAUUCCUGGUCUUUCAUACGUGCUUUGUUGGAUGCAGGUAUCGCCACUCCUGUAGUUCCCAACGAACAUCAGCUUACACCUCAGCCUCCAACGAGCGCAAGUGGAAUGGACGAUGUUCCGUCUUCAGCUGGAGUCAACGUAGAUGAUAUGUUCCAAGCUGAAACCGGCUUAGACGGUGAUGACGAGGAUGAAGAUGAUGGAGAUGUCACGGAAGGUCCAUCAGGCAAGAGACAACGUUCUGAAGGAGGACCCAGCGGAUUCACCUAUGUCGAAAAAGACGGUGAACCCAGUAGACGGAAAAUCAAGAUUGAAUACAUAAAUGAUAAAUCAAGAAGACACAUUACCUUUUCCAAACGAAAAGCUGGUAUCAUGAAGAAAGCAUACGAAUUAUCAAUCCUUACUGGUACACAAGUUUUACUGCUUGUCGUCUCUGAGACCGGCUUGGUUUAUACUUUUACCACUACCAAACUUCAACCACUUGUUCAAAAAGCCGAAGGAAAGAGUUUGAUUCAGGCAUGCCUCAACGCCCCUGACGGGUUUGGACCUGACGGGCAACCACUCGGUGGUCCGGUCGCGCCCACAAAAGCUAAGAACGGUGGACUUGCGAUCCGACCUCACAAACUCACCGCAGCGGCAUCAGCAGCAAUGGCAGCUUCUGCUCAAGCAGCAUCUGAUGAACAUGCUUCUCAUGGUGGUCAACAAUCUCAACAGAGUAUCAACCAAGCACAAGCACAAGCACAAGCACAAGCACAACAAGCGCAAGCGCACGCCCAGGCACAAGCUGAUGCUGCAGCAUCGAUAGGUCAGGGCACACCUGCUGCAUCUCGACCGAAGAAAAGAAUGCCAAGUAAGAAAAGACAAGCUUCUUCAGCAGCCGCAGCAGCAUCGAGCCAACAACCUGUUUUACCUGAAUUGGAUAUUCCUCCCGUACCCCAAAUCCCUGAUAUACAUAGACAACAAAGCCCUCAUACGCAACACCCUUCUUCGGGUGGUUUGAUUGACCCUUCGUUACAUUCACCCUUAUCAGCUGGUUUCCACAUCCCACCUGAAUAUCAACAAGGUGGUCAACAACAACAUCCAGGUGGUUUGAGUCCUAAUCCACAUCACGCACAACAUCAACAACAUCAUCAUCAACAACAACAACAUCAACAGCAACAGCAACAUUAUUAUCCACCGCCACCAGAUGGAUAUCCAUAUUACGCUCCACCACCUCAACAUCAAGGUCAUCCAGGUUAUAUGAACAUACAUCAUCAUCAGAUGUUUCAACAGCAACAACAACAACCUCAUUUGAGGGGUUGA